CUCCCAUCAUCUCUCUGGAUUGGAAUUGAUAAUCAAAAUCUUUGGUCAAGCUUGAGUGAGAGUCGGCAGAGAAGAAAAUUUUGCUACGGAAGGGAAAUUGGUAUGCAAAGCCGGGGGUGAGAAGCUGAGGUCUGCGCGGAAACUUUGUUUGUUGACGCUUUGACCUUUGACGCCAUUGAAGGAGCAAGGGACCUUGGUUGUGGAAUGCCGCCGAGCGCCAAGCUCUCCACCUCCGCCAUCUUGAUCAACGAGGGCUAAUCCCAAGAAGAAGAACAAAUAUGGUGAAGAAAUUGGUAGGGUUGAUUGAGAUGGUCUCCGAGUGGGUUCGGAAGUCUAAGAGGCAGGUGGAGGAGACGGCAACACCGGGGAGCUGGAAGAGGGAGCAGAGUCUGAUUUCAGUGAAGCAAAGCCCAGGAAAAAGCACGUUUGAGAAAGAUAACCUAUUGUGACUGGCCCUGAUGCCGAGAUGCCAAGGUACUGGAUGUUGGAUGGCUGUUUACAGAGCAAGGUUAAGGUAUGCUUUUGGAAGAGUUGGCAGCAGCGGAUCCAGAACACAGAAGAGCACUCGGCCGAGUUUCAUUAGAAAAUUGAAUAGUAAAAAAAUAUAAUGAUUAUAGUUUUUUUCCAAUAUCAAUUGUACACGACGGUAUUUUAAUUUAGUGAUGCAUCAAUAAUGGAGCCUACAUCCAUACCAAUAGUAU